AUGUCAAAAUAAACAGAUAUUGCAAUUGGAAUAGAUUUAGGAACUACAUAUUCAUGUGUAGGUGUUUUUAUUAAUGAUAAAGUUGAAAUUAUAGCAAAUGAUCAAGGAAAUAGAACUACUCCAUCUUAUGUUGCUUUUUCAGAUAAUGAAAGACUAAUUGGAGAUGCUGCGAAGAAUUAAGUAGCAAGAAACCCAUAAAAUACAGUAUUUGAUGCAAAGAGAUUGAUUGGAAGGAAAUUUAAUGAUCCAACAGUAUAAAAGGAUGUGAAGCUAUGGCCAUUCAAAGUAGAAGCUGGAGCAGAUGAUAAACCAUUAAUUGUUGUUAAGUUCAAAGGAGAAACUAAAAAAUUCCAUCCAGA